AGUACAAAUGUUUACAAACUUUCGCAAGUAUUGAAGAACAGCUUUUGCCAUUCAAAGGUGAAUUGUGGAAUAAUCACAGGAAUAUUUUGAGUGUCUGAAAAUAAAUGAAAAUCAAGACAAUGGCUGUUCUGCUGCUGGUUCUGCUGCUCUGUGCUGGAAGCUCAAUUGCUCAAGAUUUAUUGUCACCAAGUGUGGACAUUAUUGCUGAGCUGGAGAAGCUAAAGCACAUGGAUGGAAGGAUACAAAAACUAGAAGAAACACUGACCAAAGUAUUGAGUGAGAAUGAAGCUUUGAAAACCGAAGUACGAGAUUCACAAAACAAGCUUGAAACUGUCCAAAAAGAGAGUGAAGCUUUGAAAACCGAAGUACGAGAUUCACAAAACAAGCUUGAAACUGUCCAAAAAGAGAGUGAAGCUUUGAAAACCGAAGUACGAGAUUCACAAUCUAAGCUUGAAGCUGUCCAAAAAGAGAGUGAAGCUUUGAAAACCGAAGUACGAGAUUCACAAAACAAGCUUGAAACUGUCCAAAAAGAGAGUGAAGCUUUGAAAACCUUAGUACAAGAUUCACAAUCUAAGCUUGAAUCUCUCCAAAAAGAGAAUGAAGCUUUGAAAACCGAAGUACGAGAUUCACAAAACAAGCUUGAAACUGUCCAAAAAGAGAGUGAAGCUUUGAAAACCCUAGUACAAGAUUCACAAAAUAAGCUUGAAUCUCUCCAAAAAGAGAAUGAAGGCAAAAAGGUUGCUUUCUCAGCUGGACUUCUGGCUUCUGGAACAGGUCAAACUGGACCCUUUAGUGAUUCCAAAACUCUGGAAUACAAAAAAGUCUUUAGUAAUGUUGGAAAUGCCUAUGACUCAAAUACCGGUAUUUUCACAGCACCAGUAAAAGGAGUCUAUUACUUCAGAUUUUACGGUCAUUGUCAUGGUGGAACCACAAUGGCGAUCAGUCUCUUGAAAAAUAGUCAAACCCAGUGCUCUGUACAUGACUGGAAGCCUGCUAGCAAUGGUAACGCCAGCAAUGGUGUCGUUCUCACACUGGAGAUCGGUGAUCAGAUUUAUACACAACUUUGGAGGAACACCUGGGUUUAUGAUGAUCCUGCAAGUUACACUAGUUUCAGUGGCUUUCUGAUUUUCCCCUUGUGAAUGUCUGAAUCUUUUAUAACUUGUAUCCAGUGCUAAAUGUAAUGCAAAACACAACUGUUCCUGUAUAUGUGAACUGUAUCUGAGUAAAUAAGAGCAAAUAGGGA